AUGAAGACGACGCUGUUGUGCUUCGUCCUCCUCGUGAUGGCGGUGGUGGCCGCCGCCGAUGAGGCCGCGGUGGCCUCUGCUUCUGCUGAUGACAAGCCGGUGGUGGUUGCUCCAAAGCCUCCUAAUACUAAGCCACAACCCGGCGACCAGCCCAAGAAACCCAUGCCUCAUCAGCCCUACCAACCCAAGCCACAGCCAGAACCAGACCACCCAACAAAGCCCACACCGCAUCCAAAACCAACUCCAGAACAACCCACCAAACCAAAGCCCAUGCCGCAGCCCUACCCGAAGCCGAAGCCGGAGCCUCAGCCAGGAGGCCCCAAGCCCAAGCCCAAGCCACCGGCAUACUCGACGGGCACACCUGACGACGGCAACUGA